CAGUAGCUAGUUUUUUCUAUGGGAUUUCAAGAUGGCGUCGAGCGGAGGAGAUGGGGAACACGAAUGGACAGCGGCAGUGCGGCCGCUUUUAUCAGCUUCGUACACCGCUUUCGAAACGAAAGAGCUACCUCAGCUUAUUGGGUCUAUAAUCAACAGUGAAUCAGACAUCCUUCACCACGACAAACAGUAUGAGCCUUUCUACUCAUCAUUCGUGGCACUCUCUGCACACUACAUCACCACAGUAUGUGGACAGAUACCAAGAAACCAGCUGCUGUCGGUUGCUACAGCGUGCAAAGUAUUGAUUGAAUUCUCAUUGCUGCGCUUGGAGAACCCAGAUGAGGCAUGUGCAGUAUCACAGAAACACCUGAUUCUUCUAAUAAAAGGACUUUGCACCGGCUGCAGCAGACUAGAUCGCACAGAAAUCAUUACGUUCACUGCUAUGAUGAAAUCUGCCAAGUUGCCUCAAACCGUCAAGACCCUUUCAGAUGUGGAAGAUCAGAAGGAGUUACCCAGUGCUGUGAACCCAGAGCUUCGACAAAAAGAAGUACAAAUGAACUUCUUUAAUCAACUGACUUCAGUUUUUAACCCUGACCUUACAACCAUCUUGGCCUCCCCAUCAGCAGCACACAUGCAGGCUGAGAGUGAUUGCGAUGACCAAACCACAGAUCAAGCCAUUCAGGCCAAAAUGAAAAAUGCCUUUGUCUCUCAGAAUGUGUCAAGCUUACAGGAACUUGGUGGGUCUGAGAAGUUGCUACGUGUGUGCCUCAACCUGCCCUACUUUCUACGCUACAUCAACCGUUUCCAGGAUGCUGUAUCAGCCAACUCUUUCUUUAUCAUGCCUGCCACAGUGGCUGACGCCACUGCUGUUCGCAAUGGAUUUCAUUCACUCGUGAUAGACGUAACCAUGGCUUUGGACACACUUUCCCUACCUGUGCUGGAGCCCUUGACACCAGGGAGAUUACUGGAUAUGACCGUGCUGGCUUUGAGCUGCCUCUAUGCUGGUGUGAGUGUGGCCACUUGCAUGGCCAUUCUGCAGGUAGGUAGCGGCUUGCAGCUUCGCUCUGCCUCCACUGGGACUAAAGAGGAGGACUAUGAAAAUGACGCAGCCACAAUUGUCCAGAAAUGUCUGGAGAUCUAUGAAAUGAUUGGACAAGCUAUCAGCAACUCCCGAAGAGCUGGAGGAGAGCAUUAUCAGAACUUCCAGCUGCUUGGAGCCUGGUGCCUUUUAAACAGCCUGUACCUGAUUCUUAACCUGAGCCCCACUGCUCUGGCGGAUAAAGGGAAAGAAAAGGAUCCCCUGGCUGCCCUGCGUGUCCGGGAUAUUGCUGCUCGCACCAAGGAUGGCGCGGGAUCGCCUAAACUUGGUCCUGGCAAAGGACACCAAGGGUUUGGCGUUUUGUCUGUUAUCCUGGCCAACCAUGCCAUCAAACUUUUGACUUCGCUUUUCCAGGAUCUGCAAGUUGAGGCCCUGCACCGGGCUUGGGCGAGUGAUGGGCCACCAGCUGAGCUCAACAUCAUGGCACAGAGCACUUCCAUCCAGAGGGUCCAAAGGCUCAUCGACUCUGUGCCCCUGACCAAUCUACUGUUCACCCUUCUCUCCACUUCCUACAAAAAGGCUUGUGUUCUCCAACGCCAGAGGAAGGGCUCAGUCAGCAGCGAUGCCAGCGCUUCUACAGAUUCAAACACCUACUAUGAGGAUGAUUUCAGCAGUACAGAGGAGGAUAGCAGUCAAGCAGAGAGAAGACAGGAGAAGACAAGUGCAGCUUGUGUCUCAGAUGAUGACAGUGAACCCAUCUUGGGGCUUUGGUUUGAAGAGACAAUUUCACCCACCAAAGACAAAGUUGCACCCCCACCCCCUCCACCACCCCCACCCCUGGAGACCUCUCCCAGACUGAAGAGCCCCAGCAAGCAGAAUCCAAGUGAGAAUGGCAACAUUUUAGCUGGCCGUAAAGACCCAGAACUGUUCCUCAGUUUAGCCUCCAGCAUUCUGAACUUCAUCACCACUGCAAUGCUGAAGUCCAGGAACAACUUCAUCCGCAACUACCUGAGCGUGUCUCUUACAGAGCAACACAUGGCUACACUAGCCAGCAUCAUCAAAGAUGUUGACAAAGAUGUCAAAGGUUCCUCAGAUGAAGUGUUUUCUUUAGCUCUGUAUCACUUCAACCACACCCUGGUAACAUCAGAUCUUCCAUCCCCGGCCCUGCAGAGCACCCUUCUUCAGCAGUUAGGUGUUGCGCCCUUUUCAGAGGGUCCCUGGCCUCUGUACAUUCACCCUCAAUCAUUAUCAGUCCUCUCCAGACUUCUCCUCAUAUGGCAGCACAAAGCCAGUGUGCAAGGAGAACCAGAUGUCCCUGAGUGUAUGAAAGUCUGGGAAAGAUUUUUGGGAACGCUGAAGCAACACACUAUCCAGAAUUCUGUUCAUGGAGAAGACGACCUUAAUGUGGAGCAUCUACAGCUCCUUCUGCUCCUUUUCCACAAUCUGUCAGAGCGUGGUCGACGGUCAGUCCUGACCCUGGUCACACAGGCCAUCACUGAAGUGGCACAGAGCAGAGACUCCCAGCUGAAGGCAGUGCCCCUCAACCUGGCUCGUCUGUGUCUGGUUUUUGACUACCUGCUUCGCCACUACUCCAGGGCUCCCUUGUACCUUUUUGAACAGGUGCAGUAUAACCUCCUCACCCCACCAUCCACUGGGCCAUGUUCUGUUCAGGAAGGUGGCAAACGCAGCAGUCUCCCACUUUACUAUGGAUUCAAAGAGGUGGAGGAGAACUGGGCCAAACACUGUUCAGCAGAUUCAAAUGUUCAGCCCAAAUUCUACUGCGUUUUGUCCCCCGAGGCGUCUGAAGAUGAUAUCAGCAGACUGGACAGCAAGGUCUUUCCUAAGCUGUUCAAUGGAGCAGUUAAAUACGAUGACCUGUAUGGGUGGCUCAUCUCACUCCUGGUAGCAGGCUCUCAGUUUGACACAGCAAGAAGACAGGAGAACAAGCCUAUCACUCCUAUGGAGGCAUGCUCCCUUCAGUACUACUUCCUGGUACUGUGGAGGAUCCUGGGUGUGUUACCACCCUCAAAGGCCUACAUGGAGCAGCUAAAUACUGGCUGCAGUGAUCCCAGUGAGAGCGACAUCCUGCACACACUGCGAUGGUCCUCACGUCUCCGGGUGUCUACCUACGUAAAUUGGAUCAAGGAACACUUGGUGAAGCAGGGAAUGAAAGCAGACCAAGCAGCCUCUCUGGUUGAGAUGACAGCUGCUAAGUGUAGCACUGUUAAAUACGAUGUGGAGCUAGCAGAGGAGUACAUUGCCAGACAGAUUUCCACCUUCUCCAGUGUAGACCCGAAUGUCAUCCUUCCACUUCAUCAGUUACCCUCUCUACAAGCCAUCUACACACUGGAUGCAGUCAUUUCUAAAGUGCAGGUUUCCCUAGAUGAGCAUUUGUCCAAGGUUGCCAUUGAGGCAGACAACCACAAGUCAUCUGAGAUCACAAAAAACCUGCUGCCUGCAGCACUACAGCUCACUGAUGUUUACACAGCCUUUACAAGGUCUUACCUACUAAUGAACAUCCCAGAGGAAGGGGAGAACAAGCUUACAGAUGCCAAGCUCCAAGGUUAUGCUGCAGUUCUGUCCAUUGGCUCCACCCGCUGCAAGGCCAACACACUUGGUCAUAGUAUUAUGCAGAACUUACCAUCAGCUGUACAGACAAUAUGUGAGACUUGGAACAGCAUCCACACCAAUGAAUUCCCCAACAUUGGCUCAUGGCGAAAUGCCUUUGCCAAUGAUACCAUUCCAUCCGAGAGCUACAUCAGUGCCAUCCAAGCAGCUCACCUGGGCACAUUGAGUUGUCAGUCCUUGCCUCUGGCCUCUUCUCUUAAACACAUCCUACUCUCUUUGGUUCGCCUCACUGGCGACCUCAUUGUGACAGAGGAGCUAAAUCCUUCGCAGGUUGUGGGCACUUUGUUGCCCCUCCUCUUAGAGAGCAGUACAGAGAGUGUGGCUGAGAUCAGCAGCACCUCACUGGAGCGCAUCCUCGGCCCAUCGGAGUCAGACACCUUCCUAGCCCGCAUCUACGAGCGUUUGGUGACCGGGUGUUACAACAUCAUUGCCAGUCACUCAGACCCCACCAGUGGUUUGGACGAGUCUGUUCUGGAGGAAUGCCUUCAGUACCUUGAAAAGCAGCUUGAGAGCAGUCAAGUCCGCAAGGCCAUGGAAGAGUUCUUUUCAUUCAGUGGUGAGCUUGUCCAGAUUAUGAUGGCGACAGCCAAUGAAAAUCUAUCAGCAAAGUUCUGCAACAGAGUGCUGAAAUUCUUCACCAAGCUUUUCCAGCUCACGGAGAAGAGCCCAAACCCCAGCCUAUUGUGUCUGUGUGGCACGCUGGCCCAGCUGGCUUGUGUGGAGCCCUCUCGUCUGCAGUCCUGGCUGACGCGCAUGACGGCCACCCCACCAAAGGACUCAGAGCAGUUGGAAAUAGUGCAAGAAAACCGACAGCUUCUGCAGGUGCUCACCACUCAUAUUGUGCGUGACAACAGCCAGGUGGGCGAAGGAGUUUGCACUGUCCUCCUCAGCACACUCAUCCCCAUGGCAACAGACAUGCUGGCCAAUGGUGAUGGAACAGGCUUUCCUGAGCUCAUGGUCAUCAUGGCCACGCUUGCCAGCGCUGGACAGGGGGCUGGCCACCUGCAAUUACAUAGGGCAGCUAUCGACUGGCUGACCAGAUGCAAAAAGUAUUUAACACAGAAGAAUGUUGUGGAAAAAGUGAGCACAAACUUAUCCCAAGGAAAGCACGCCAGCAUGCUGGAAUGCUCGUGCCACAUCAUCUCCUAUCUGGCUGAUGUGAUGAAUGCCUUGCGGCAAAGCAGCGGCCAAGGCACCUCAGCACUGCUGAUGGAGGGAGAAGAGAAGGCCAUGGAAGUGGACUCAGACUGGGUGGAGGAACUUGCAGUAGAGGAGGAUGAUUCCCAGGCAGAGGACUCUGAUGAAGACUCUCUUUGCAACAAACUCUGCACCUUCACCAUUACUCAGAAGGAGUUCAUGAACCAGCACUGGUACCACUGUCACACCUGUAAGAUGGUGGAUGGGGUAGGUGUGUGCACAGUGUGCGCCAAGGUCUGUCACAAAGACCAUGAGAUCUCCUAUGCCAAAUAUGGCUCUUUCUUCUGUGACUGCGGUGCCAAAGAGGAUGGCAGCUGCCAGGUGAGACCGAAUACCUCAGGUCAUCAUGGGAAAAGAACAACAGCGGCCUUGGUCAAACGCAGCCCCAGCAGCGGCAUGGGCUCCACUCUAAAAGAGGCGUCUGCGUUCCAGAGUGAACUGCGUAUGCCUGACAGUGCUAUCCGCCACCAGAAUGCCUCACCCUCCGAUAAGGGCAAGGUCACAAUCUGUGAUGGCAAACCUGGUGAUGAAGACAGACCUAAGAAGAGCAGUGUGUGCAAGAGCAUUGAGGGCUGCCAGGACGAGUUGCUAGCACAAGUGAUGGGAUCGUCCACUGCAGCAGUCAUACUGGAGAUGCUCAUGUUUCUCAUGGAAGCCAUCCAGACCAACUUCCAGCAGGCAUCAGCAGUGGGAAGCAGCAGCCGGGCUCAGCAAGCCCUCAAUGAACUGCAUACUCAGGACAAAACUGUGGAGAUGACAGACCAGUUAAUGGUGCCCACGCUCGGCUCUCAGGAAGGGGCUUUUGAGAAUGUGAGGAUGAACUACAGUGGUGACCAGGGACAAACUAUUCGGCAGCUCAUUAGUGCGCAUGUCUUGCGGCGUGUUGCUAUGUGUGUCCUGUCUUCACCCCACGGCCGCCGCCAGCACCUUGCAGUCAGCCAUGAAAAGGGAAAAAUAACAGUUCUGCAGCUGUCCACUCUCCUGAAACAGGCUGACUCGAGCAAGAGGAAGCUGACACUGACCCGUCUGGCCUCUGCACCAGUCCCUUUCACUGUCCUCAGUCUCACAGGCAACCCCUGUAAUGAAGAUUACCUGGCUGUGUGCGGCCUCAAGGACUGCCAUGUACUGACUUUCAGCAGCACAGGCUCUGUGUCAGACCAUCUGGUGUUGCACCCACAACUGGCUACUGGCAACUUCAUCAUCAAAGCUAUCUGGUUACCAGGAUCGCAAACUGAACUUGCGAUCAUCACUGCUGACUUUGUCAAGAUUUAUGACUUAUCAGUGGAUGCCCUGAGUCCCAUGUACUACUUUCUGCUCCCAAGUUCCAAGAUACGCGAUGCUACCUUCCUUUUCAAUGAAGAGGGGAAGAACAUUAUCGCCAUCAUGUCUUCAGCAGGUUACAUGUACACCCAGCUCAUGGACGAAUCCAGCAGUGCCCAACAUGGCCCUUUCUAUGUCACAAAUGUAUUGGAGAUAAACCACGAAGACUUGAAGGAUAGCAACGGACAGGUAGCCGGCGGCGGUGUGUCUGUCUAUUACUCCCAUGUGCUUCAGAUGCUUUUCUUCAGCUACAGCCAGGGAAAGUCCUUCGCUGCCACAGUGAGCCGCAGCACCACAGAUGUGCAGAGGCUCUUCCCCAUCAACGUCAAAGGCUCUAAUGGCGGCAGCAGUAAGAUGUCACCUGCUCUGUGCCAGUGGUCUGAGGUCAUGAACCACCCAGGCCUGGUGUGCUGCGUGCAGCAGACAACAGGCAUACCGCUGGUUAUCAUGGUCAAGCCAGAGACCUUCCUCAUCCAAGAGAUUAAAACUCUGCCAGCCAAAGCUAAGAUUCAGGAUAUGGUAGCUAUCCGACACACUGCCAGUAAUGAGCAACAGCGUACAACCAUGAUUCUUCUCUGUGAGGACGGAAGCCUGCGAAUCUACAUGGCCAAUGUGGACAACACUUCUUACUGGCUCCAGCCCUCGCUGCAGCCCAGCUGUGGUAUCAGUAUUAUGAAGCCAGUCCGCAAGCGCAAAGCUGCUGCUACUACCACCCGGACCUCCAGUCAGGUGACAUUCCCAGUGGACUUCUUUGAACACAACCAGCAGCUGACAGAGGUGGAGUUUGGGGGCAAUGACUUGCUGCAGGUCUACAAUGGACAGCAGAUCAAACACAGGCUUAACUCCACUGGGAUGUAUGUAGCCAACACAAAGCCUGGGGGAUUCACUGUGGAAGCGGUCAACAACAACAGUUCAAUGGUGAUGACGGGCAUGCGGGUGCAGGUGGGCACUCAGGCCAUUGAGAGGGCUCCUUCCUAUGUGGAGGUCUUUGGCCGCACCAUGCAGAUAAACCUGACGAGAGCCCGUUGGUUUGACUUUCCCUUCACCAGAGAGGAGGCCCUGCAAGCUGACAAGAAGCUGUCCAUCUUUAUUGGAGCAUCUGUUGACCCAGCUGGAGUCACCAUGCUUGAUUCUAUUAAGAUCUACGGUAAAACCAAGGAGCAGUUUGGCUGGCCCGAGGAUCCACCAGAGGACUUCUCCUCUGCCUCAGUUAACAAUGUCUGCAGUCCCAACCUCAACCAGGGCAAUGGCACCUCUGAUGGAGACAUAGCCACCCCAACCACCACCAGUGGCAGUGUGCUAGAGAGUUGUGAAACUGAGUCCUUAUCAACCUUGGACCGGUUGGUAGUCAGCUCCCUUGAGUCUUUGGAAAGCUGCUUUGCAGUAGGUUCCUCCAGUGAAAAGGAGAAGAAUAAAGCUGCAGCGCUGGAGUUGGCCACUCUACUUCUGUCCAUGCCAACCCCUGCAGGUGUGCAGCAGCAGACCAAGGGACUUCUCGCCAGCCUGCACACCAGUCGAACUGCCUACCACAACCACAAGGACCAGUCCUUGCUAAGUAAUGCAGUGCAGUGUCUGAAUAGCUGCAGCCGUGAGGGGAGGGAGCUCGAUCCCGAUGUCUUCCAGAGGCUUGUGAUCACUGCCCGCUCCAUUGCAAUCAUGAGACCCAACAACUUGGUGCAUUUCACAGAAACAAAGUCAUUGCACCAUGACUCUGAAAUGACAGAGGAUGGGCAAAAACAUGUGGAUAGUGAAAGCUGUAAUUUCAUCUCACAGCUGAUGAAUAACUUCUGGAAGCUCCAUGCCCUAAAACCAAAGAACGCAUUUCUUGCUCCCGCUUGCCUGCCUGGCCUAACUCAUGUGGAAGCAACAGUAAAUGCCUUGGUGGACAUCAUCCAUGCAUACUGCACAUGUGAACUGGAUUACAUCAAUGUAGCCUCCAAAAUCUACAUGCAAAUGUUACUGUGCCCUGACACAGCUGUGAGCUUUGCUUGUAAGCAGGCUUUGAUCAGAGUGCUUCGACCAAGAAACAAACGGCGACACGUGACCCUUCCAUCUCCCCCACGCUCCAACACACCUAUGGGAGACAAGGAUGAUGAUGACGACGACGAUGCAGAUGAUAAAAUGCAGUCAUCAGUGCUGACUGGAGGAGAAGAGGGUAGACAGGAGAGUCAGGAGCAAAGUGAAGUGGACCAUGGUGACUUUGAGAUGGUGUCAGAGUCCAUGGUCCUAGAGACAGCAGAGAAUGUGAACAAUGGAAAUCCAUCUCCCCUAGAGGCUCUGCUGGCUGGAGCUGAGGGUUUUCCCCCCAUGCUGGACAUCCCUCCUGAUGCAGAUGAUGAAACUAUGGUAGAGCUGGCCAUCGCUCUCAGCCUUCAGCAGGAUCAACAAGGCAGUAGCAGCAGUGCACUUGGCCUUCAGAGCCUUGGCCUGUCUGGCCAGGCUCCAAGCUCCUCUUCACUGGAUGCUGGUACCCUUUCAGACACCACCGCAUCAGCCCCGGCAUCAGAUGAUGAGGGCAGUACAGCUGCUACUGAUGGCUCCACACUGCGGACCUCCCCAGCUGAGCAUGGCGGCAGUGUGGGCUCAGAGAGUGGAGGUUCUGCAAUCGACUCUGUAGCUGGGGAGCACAGUGUGUCAGGACGCAGCAGUGCUUAUGGGGACACAGCAGUGGAGGGCCACCCUGCGGGUCCAGGCAGCGUGAGCUCCAGCACUGGAGCCAUCAGCACCACCACAGCUCAGCAGGAAGGCGAAGGCUCAGAGGGAGAAGGAGAGACUGAGGGAGACAUCCACACAAGCAACAGGCUACACAUGGUUCGUCUGAUGCUGCUGGAACGCUUGCUUCAGCACCUUUCUCAGCUCCACAAUGUAGGUGGAGUCCAAGCCAUCCCUUACAUGCAGGUUAUCCUCAUGUUGACCUCUGACCUGGAUGGCGAGGAUGAAAAGGAUAAGGGUGCCUUGGAUGACCUGCUAGCACAGCUCAUUGCUGAGCUUGGCAUGCAUAAGAAGGACGUGUCCAAGAAGAAUGAGCGUAGCUCCAUCAAUGAAGUUCACCUGGUCAUCAUGAGACUGCUGAGCGUCUUCAUGUCUCGAACCAAGUCUGGCUCCAAAUCCUCUUCUGAGUCAUCCUCGCUUAUUUCGAACGCAACAGCAACUGCCUUGCUCAGCCUGGGUGCUAUUGACUACUGUCUCCACGUGCUCAAAUCGCUCCUUGAGUUCUGGAAGAGCCAACAGGGUGAAGAAGAGCCUGUGGCCACCAGCCAGCUCCUCCGCCCACACACAGCCUCCUCUCCCCCAGACAUGAGCCCUUUCUUCCUGCGCCAAUAUGUCAAGGGACAUGCUGCUGAUGUGUUUGAAGCCUACUCUCAGCUACUGACUGAAAUGGUGCUCCGGCUUCCGUAUCAGAUCAAGAAGAUUGCUGACACCAACCCACGUAUCCCACCUCCUGUCUUUGACCAUUCCUGGUUCUACUAUCUGUCUGAAUAUCUGAUGAUUCAACAGACGCCCUUUGUCAGGAGGCAAGUCAGAAAGCUCUUGCUGUUUAUCUGCGGCUCAAAGGAAAAAUAUCGUCAGCUGCGGGAUCUGCACACUCUUGACUCCCAUGUGCGCAGCAUCAAGAAGCUGCUGGAGGAACAGGGCAUCUUCCUCCGGGCUGGCGUGGUCACAGCCACGUCUGGCUCAGCUCUACAGUAUGACACACUCAUUAAUCUGAUGGAACAUCUGAAAGCUUGUGCUGAAAUUGCCACUCAGAGGACAAUCAACUGGCAGAAGUUCUGCAUGAAGGAUGACUCUGUGUUGUACUUCCUGCUCCAGGUCAGCUUCCUAGUGGAUGAAGGUGUUUCCCCAGUACUUUUACAACUGCUCUCAUGUGCCUUGUGUGGCAGUAAGGUGCUGGCCAGCUCCUCCUCCUCCUCUUCAUCAUUCUCAGGAGGAGGUUCCAGUAGUGCUGGACAGGCAGGAGCUUCUCAGUCCUCUCAGAGCAAGUCCUCCAGUAAAAAGAGCAAAAAAGAGGACAAGGAGAAAGACAAAGAGGGUGAUGGAGUUGGCAGCCAGGAGGAUCAGCUGUGUAUGGCCCUGGUCAGUCAGCUUAACAAGUUUGCAGACAAGGAGACCCUCAUCCAGUUCUUGCGCUGUUUCCUGCUGGAGUCAAACUUAUCUGCUGUGCGCUGGCAAGCCCACUGCUUGGCACUUCAUAUCUACAGGAACUCCAGUAAAUCUCAGCAGGAGCUGCUGCUGGAACUGACUUGGGCCAUCUGGCCUGAGCUGCCUGCAUAUGGCCGCAAAGCUGCCCAGUUUGUCGACCUGCUUGGAUACUUCUCACUCAAAACCCCUCAGACAGAGAAAAAGCUGAAGGAGUAUUCCCAGAAAGCUGUGGAAAUCCUGAGGGCACAGAACCAUAUCCUGACGAAUCACCCUAACUCCAACAUCUACAACACUCUGUCAGGUUUAGUGGAGUUUGAUGGAUUUUAUCUGGAGAGUGACCCCUGCUUGGUGUGCAACAAUCCAGAAGUUCCUUUCUCAAAUAUAAAACUGUCAUCGAUCAAAGUGGACACCCGCUACACCACCACACAGCAGGUAGUCAAGCUCAUUGGCAGUCACACCAUCAGCAAAGUCACAGUGAAGAUCGGUGACCUCAAACGCACCAAAAUGGUCCGCACCAUCAACCUCUACUACAACAACAGGACUGUACAGGCUAUCGUCGAGCUGAAGAACAAGCCUGCUCGUUGGCACAAAGCCAAGAAGGUUCAGCUGACCCCAGGACAAACAGAGGUAAAGAUCGACCUUCCUUUACCCAUCGUUGCAUCCAACCUGAUGAUCGAGUUCUCCGAUUUUUACGAGAACUACCAGGCCUCCACUGAGACCCUGCAGUGUCCACGCUGCAGUGCCUCUGUGCCGGCCAACCCUGGGGUGUGUGGCAACUGCGGUGAGAAUGUGUAUCAGUGCCACAAGUGCAGGUCCAUCAACUACGAUGAAAAAGACCCCUUCCUCUGCAACGCCUGUGGUUUCUGCAAAUAUGCCCGAUUUGACUUCAUGCUAUAUGCUAAGCCAUGCUGUGCUGUGGAUCCCAUUGAGAAUGAGGAAGACAGGAAAAAGGCUGUGACCAACAUCAAUACCCUGUUAGACAAAGCUGACCGGGUCUACCACCAGCUGAUGGGGCACCGGCCCCAGUUGGAGAGUCUCCUGUCUAAAGUCAAUGAGGCGGCACCAGAGAAACCACAGGACGACACUGGAGCAGCUGCAGGACUUGGUACAUCCUCUGCUAAUGUGAACAGAUACAUUCAGCAGCUGGCUCAGGAGUACAGCGGAGACUGCAAGACAUCAUUUGAUGAACUCUCCAAGAUUAUACAGAAAGUGCUUGCAUCUCGUAAAGAGCUCCUGGAGUAUGAUCUGCAGCAGAGAGAGGCUGCCACCAAGUCAUCGCGCAGCAACAGUAGCCACCAGCCCACAUUCACCGCCAGUCAGUACCGUGCUCUCUCUGUGCUGGGCUGCGGCCAUACCUCCUCAACCAAGUGUUAUGGCUGUGCCUCAGCUGUCACGGGUCACUGUAUCACACUGCUCCGCGCACUGGCCACAAACCCAGCCCUCCGGCAGAUCCUGGUCCUCCAGGGUCUCAUCCGUGAGCUGUUUGAGUAUAAUUUGCGGCGAGGUACAGCAGCCAUGAGGGAGGAGGUGCGCCAGCUGGUCUGUCUCCUCACCAGAGAUCAUCCAGAGGCCACUCAACAGAUGAAUGACCUCAUUAUUGCCAAGGUGUCGGCUGCCCUCAAGGGCCACUGGGCCAAUCCUGAUCUGGUUAGUAAUCUGCAGUAUGAAAUGCUCCUACUGACAGACUCCAUUUCAAAAGAGGGAGGAUGUUGGGAGUUACGGUUGCGUUGUGCCCUCAGUCUGUUUCUCAUGUCGGUGAAUAUAAAAACGCCUGUGGUGGUGGAGAACAUCACUCUCAUGUGCCUGAGAAUCCUGCAAAAACUGAUCAAGCCCCCUGCUCCCACUAGCAAGAAGAACAAGGAUGCUGCUGUUGAGUCCUUGACCACAGUCAGGCCCUACAGUAAUGAAAUCCAUGCCCAGGCCCAACUCUGGCUCAAGAAGGACCCCAAAGCAUCUUAUGAGGCAUGGAAAAAGUGUCUCCCAGCAAGAGGCCAGGAGACUGUGUCAAAGCCUCAGGGGAAGGCUGAGUUGCGAAGGCAGUACCUGUUGGAGAAGUAUGCAUGGAAGUGGAAGCAGUUCAUGAGGUCCAGAAAAGGUGAUGGCCUCUUCCCUCGACUGCUCAAACUGAGCCACAACAACUGGCUGCGGCAGGUCCUUUUCACACCUGCCACUCAGGCAGCCAGACAGGCAGCUUGCACUAUUGUGGAAGCCCUAACCACAAUCCCCAGCCGCAAGCAGCAAGUCCUGGACCUGCUCACCAGCUAUCUGGAUGAGUUAAGUGUAGCUGGAGAGUGUGCAGUGGAGUACCUGGGUCUGUAUCAGAAGUUGAUCAAGCCAACACACUGGAAGGUUUACCUGGCAGCCCGUGGAGUUCUACCCUACAUCGGUAACCUGAUCACCAAGGAAAUAGCCAACUUGCUGGCUCUGGAGGAGGCCACACUGAGCACAGACUUGCAGCAAGGCUAUGCCCUGAAGAGCUUGACUGGAUUGCUCUCUUCUUUUGUGGAGGUGGAGUCCAUUAAGCGCCAUUUCAAAAGUAGGUUGGUCGGCACGGUGCUCAAUGGCUACCUGUGUCUGAGGAAAUUGGUGGUGCAGCGCACCAAGCUCAUCGACGAGACUCAGGACAUGCUGCUCGAAAUGCUGGAGGACAUGACAACAGGUACUGAGUCUGAAACCAAGGCCUUCAUGGCAGUGUGCAUAGAGACUGCAAAGCGGUACAACCUGGAUGACUACAGGACACCCGUGUUCAUAUUUGAGAGACUGUGCAGCAUCAUCUAUCCUGAGGAGAAUGAGGUGACAGAGUUCUUUGUGACCCUGGAGAAAGAUCCUCAGCAGGAGGACUUCCUGCAGGGCCGCAUGCCAGGAAAUCCCUACAGCAGCAAUGAGCCCGGCAUUGGUCCCCUAAUGAGGGACAUCAAGAACAAGAUCUGCCAAGACUGCGACCUGGUGGCGCUUCUUGAAGACGACAGUGGCAUGGAGCUUCUGGUAAACAACAAAAUCAUUAGCUUGGAUCUGUCAGUGGCAGAGGUCUAUAAGAAGGUCUGGUGCCCUACAAAUGAGGGUGAGCCAAUGAGAAUUAUCUAUCGAAUGAGAGGUCUGCUGGGAGAUGCCACUGAGGAGUUCAUAGAGUCACUGGACUCAACCACAGAUGAGGAGGAGGAUGAUGAGGAGGUGUACAAGAUGGCAGGUGUCAUGGCACAGUGUGGAGGUCUGGAGUGUAUGCUCAACCGGCUGUCUGGAAUCAAAGAUUUUAAACAAGGAAGACAUCUGCUCACUGUUUUGCUGAAGUUGUUCAGUUAUUGUGUGAAGGUGAAGAUCAAUAGGCAGCAGCUGGUCAAACCAGAGAUGAACACACUCAACGUCAUGCUGGGAACUCUAAACCUGGCUUUAGUGGCUGAACAGGAGAGUAAGGACAGUGGUGGAGCCUCCAUAGCGGAGCAAGUUCUGAGCAUCAUGGAGAUCAUUCUGGAUGAAGCCAAUGCUGAGAUUUCAGAGGACAAGGGUAACCUGCUGCUGACGGGAGACAAAGAUCAGCUGGUUAUGUUGUUAGACCAGAUUAACACCCCGUUUGUACGCUCCAACCCCAGCGUGCUGCAGGGUCUGCUGCGCAUCAUCCCAUACCUGUCCUUUGGUGAACUGGAGAAGAUGAGGAUCUUGGUGGAACGCUUUAAACCAUGUUGCAGCUUUGACAAGUACGACGAGGAGCAUAGUGCAGAUGACAAAGUGUUUUUGGAUUGCUUCUGUAAAAUCGCUGCUGGAAUCAAAAAUAACAGCAACGGCCAUCAGCUGAAAGAUCUUAUUCUCCAGAAAGGAAUCACACAGAGUGCGCUGGACUACAUGAAGAAACAUAUCCCAAAUGCCAAAAAUCUGGAUGCAGAUGUCUGGAAGAAGUUCCUCUCCAGACCAGCCCUACCCUUCAUUCUCAGAUUGCUCCGUGGUUUGGCUACCCAGCAUCCCCCUACACAGGUGCUGAUAGGCACAGAUUCAAUAACAAGCUUGCAUAAGCUGGAGCAGGUAUCCAGUGACGAAGGCAUCGGCACGCUGGCGGAGAACCUUCUGGAGGCGCUGAGGGAGCACAGUGAUGUCAAUCUGAAGAUUGAAGCAGCCCGCAGGGAGACAAGAGCUGAGAAGAAGCGUAUGGCAAUGGCCAUGAGACAGAAGGCCCUGGGAACACUGGGCAUGACGACCAAUGAGAAGGGUCAGGUGGUGACCAAGACCUCACUGUUGAAGCAAAUGGAGGAGCUGAUAGAGGAGCCGGGUCUGACCUGCUGUAUCUGUAGAGAGGGUUACAAGUUCCAGCCAACCAAAGUCCUGGGUAUUUACACUUUCACAAAGCGUGUGUCCUUGGAGGAGUUCGAAAACAAGCCUCGCAAGCAGCAGGGCUACAGCACUGUGUCGCACUUUAACAUAGUCCACUAUGACUGCCAUCUGGCAGCUGUCAGGCUGGCUCGUGGGCGAGAGGAGUGGGAGAGUGCUGCUCUCCAGAACGCCAACACCAAGUGCAAUGGGCUGCUUCCUGUGUGGGGACCACAUGUGCCAGAAUCAGCCUUUGCUACAUGCUUAGCUAGGCACAACACAUAUCUGCAGGAGUGCACAGGCCAGAGGGAGCCCACGUACCAACUCAACAUCCAUGACACCAAACUGCUGUUCCUCCGCUUUGCUACCGAACAAUCGUUCAGCGUGGACACAGGAGGAGGAGGACGAGAGAGCAACAUCCACCUCAUCCCCUACAUCAUCCACACUGUGCUCUACGUCCUCAACACUACAAGGGCUACGUCCCGGGAGGAGAAGAACCUGCAGAGUUUCCAGGAGCAGCCAUGUGAGAAAUGGGUCGAGAGCUCAUACGAGGUUGAAGGACCGCACUAUUUCACCACCUUGGCCAUGCACAUCAUCGCGCCCGAACGCUGGAGGACUUCACGUAUAUACUUCCUACGAAGACUCCUGGUCACCGCACACGCCCGCAAGGUCUCGGCAGUCUGCACCAACAAACUCACAGAUAAAGCACCGAAGGAAUAUGCAGUCUAUCGCUCUCCUCUUCUCUUCUGGGGCCUGGUGGAUCUUGUCUACGACAUGUUCAGGAAAGUACCCACCAGCAACACGGAGGGGGGCUGGUCCUUCUCACUGGCAGAAUAUGUCCGUCACAACGACAUGCCCAUCUACGAAGCCUCAGAGCGCGUGCUCAGGGCCUUCCAGGAUGAACUCAUGCCCGCCGAGUCCUUGUCAGAGUUCUUUGAUGUUGUAGGUCUCCUCUCUGAAAUCGCAGACCCAGACCUCUUCCUGCAGGAUUUGUUGAACUCUUUGCCCUGAUGGCCAAUCUCAACUACCCAUCCAACACACAACAUCCCUGCAAAUAACGUUGGGACACCUACCAACUAAAAAAAAUGAAAGAAAAAAAAAGAUUUUCUCUUUUUACACACUGACACACAUGCUGAGUACACACACAGAGUAUACACCAUGCUUCUUACUCACUUCCCUCCCCCAUAUGACAUCUUCAAAUUAACUUUAAGCAGAAACUAUGUAUAGUCUAAAAAUAUCAUCCACUUUUGGCAACAUCUCUGUAAAGUUUAACACAAAAACACAAUGCUGUUAAAGGGUGAGGGGAACACACUAAAACAGAAUUUACGCUUUGCCUCUCGGAUUCAGACAGCUUCAGUCUAGAGUUGAGGACAUGACUGAGUUUCUCACCAAGCUUGAGACAAGGGAUUUGGGAAUGUGUUAAUCAUCAAACCAGAGACAUUUUGUGUAUUUUCUGGUUCAUGACUGUUACUGCCAACAAACAUGUUGCUGUCUUUUAAUGACAUCACCGAUUGCACAGAAUGACAGGCUGAGAGAAUUUAAUUAUUUAUGUAAAAAAUAAAAAAUAAAAUAGUUGUCCAGUUGAUGGGAAUAACUCGUGAAUUCUGUUUAAGGGUGGAAAUCUUUUUGGCUUUCAAACCCCUACCCACCCACCCCUCUCUUAUAUUGGGGUGCAAUGUUUAAACUAAAAAUGUUUUGGGAUUUGACCCACAAAGUGUUAAGAGUGGCAUUUGAUUUUAUCUUGUUUUCCUUUCUUUUUUUCUUUUUUUUUGUUUAGUUUGAGUUUGUUUCUGGUCAGGGCUUUUAAAAUGGCAGAAGGUUUCAGUGUCCCAUGGUUGCGAACUAACCUGUCCUUUUCUUUCAGGCUUUUGCUGUUUGGUCUUGUAGGUUCUAACUGGAAUUUGAGUGAUGGACAGAAAAAAAGUUUUUUGAUUUAGUGUAUGUGUAAGGUGUCUUUUAUCAACCUCAGAAACAAAAUGGGGACGAAAGAACGAUGAAUAAAAGUUUGUUUUAUUUUUUUUUUCCAUAAAGCUAUGCCUUUGUGACAAAGUGAACUUUGGACUAGUGAAAGAUUCCAUCUGUUGCAAUGAAAUAUCAGACCUGUCUAAAUUAAUAAUAAAACAGACCUACAUUAUAUCCUUAAA